CCACCAACUUUACCUCUACAUCCCUUAACGAUAUCUUUUGACGAAAAGAAAGGAUUCCUUAGUUAUGAUGUUACUCUGUUACCCGAAGCUACUACGCGUUUUAUAAUUCUUCGUGGAAAUUACCAAUCUGUAACAUUAUGUAUUUAUGGGAAAGUUAUGGAAAGUGGCAAGCCUCAAAAUAUUAAAUCCAAGGAUCAAAUAAGUGCACCUACAAUUAGUGAAAAUCAACAUAAUAAAAGAGAUUCUAAUUUGGAUACAUUCUUUCUUAAUGGAACUGAUUUAGCUAAUACUCAGUCAUUCGCAGAACUUGUACAAUCGUCACCAAUAGGCAAUAAUAUAGAGAUAAAAGCUGAAGAAGAUGAUUCACUUGGAAACAUAUCAAUUAAAAAAGAAAACGAAGAAAAAAUUGACGAAAUGGAUUCUAUGAAACCUCAAGAGGUUUACAAUCAUGAUAUGAAUGUAAUGGACAGUGUUCAUAAAGAACAAGCCAUCUCUGUAAUAAAUUCUAAUUCAUCAGUACAAGUUCUUGACGAGCUAAAAACUACUGAAGACCAAUUUACAACACCGAUGGAAGAAGAUACAUUUUAUUUGGACGAUGGACAUAGAGAUACCAAUUCUGAUGCUGAUAGGAUAGGAACGUUAUUAAAUAAAGAUCGAACUGGAACUUUCAGUAUAUUGUCCCCAGCAAAAGCUGUCGAUCUUUCCAUCUGGAAUUUGGAUGAAAAAUUAAGCAGAGAUAUACUUGUGUAUCACACAUCACCAGAUGAAACACUUUUAUCACAGGUUUCGCAAUCUUUGUCGAAAAGAAUGUUCAAUAAAGCUUGGGAUGAGUUUAACAAUUAUAUCAAGCAAAUUCAUUCAUUCUUAUCAAUGAUGAAUUCUGAUAAUAAAAAUAAAAUAAAUCAUAAUUCGUACAUAGAAAGUACUUCAACUUCGUUUGAAGGGCUACUUCAUCAAAUAAAUAAUGUAAUUGUGGAAGGACUUCUCUGGGCAAGGCACGAUGGGAUUCGAUAUGAUGACGAAUUGAAAACAGUAUAUAAAGGCAUAUUGUUCGCUCUUGACAUGACAACAGGAAAGGUGAAAAUCACUGAUUGUUUUGUUUUUCACUAGAAAAUUCUAUUAUUAAUGUCCAUGCAUAUAAAGUUGGUGCUGGCUAUAAUUUAUCAGUUCUAAUUUCAUGUGACGCAAUCUGAUAGUCUACCGUGAAAUUAUUUGAAAAUGGCCUAUCGUUGUUCUGCAAACUAUGUGCAUGUGGAGAAGAUAUUAUUG